AUGCUAUCCCCCACAAAGAAGACUCGUCAAACCCGAAGGCAUAUCUGCACUUGCCAAGCCCACAACUGCUUUGCUGCCCGGUUUACAGACGCAAAUGGGACCUCUCGUCCAGGCAUUGAGCUGAGUCCGGAGGCGUUUGAAGCCCAUCAACGGACAGAACUACGACUACAGGCUCAAGCAGCCCUUAGUGUUGAACCCGAUGAUCUUGCAUCACGGCUUGAAAGAGUCGCCCUGGGUUCCAACCUUCGUGUGGUACCAUCUGGGAGCGGGCAAACGAAUUCGUCAAAUGAUCGGCCAUUCACAACGAGUGCCACUCGUAGAUCGAGACCUUCCCAUGAGACGGCUGAUAUCUCAAAUGAUCGCAAUACUACCGACGAGCAUGUUGACACCGUAGAAGGCCAGCUUGCCGCAGAAUCAGUGCAGGUGUCCGGUAUUCAAGCUUACAGCUGUGGUGCUUACCCAGAUCAAUUUUAA